GCGCCGCGGCAGAGUUCCCGGAAACGAGUUGUAUGGGGCGGCGCCGUUCCUUGUUCGCCAUACUUGCACAGAGAAGAGCGACAGAAGCACUUAUUCUACAAGCGCCUGGGGGAAAAACAGCAGGAAAACGACAUGGCUGAGGACGAUUUGACUCCGGAGCAGCUAGCAGCCAUCGCUGCGGAAAACGAUGUGGGCGAGACGGUCAACUACAAGCCCCCGGCCCAGAAGACCCUGCAGGAGAUCCAGGAGCUGGACCAGGAUGACGAGAGCCUCCGGAAGUACAAGGAGGUUCUGCUAGGAGCCGGCGCUGCUGCUGUCGCUGAUCCCAGCGUUCCCAACGUCCAGGUGACACGGUUGACACUGAUGUGUGAGACUGCCCCGAACCCACUGACCCUGGACCUGCAAGGAGAUCUGGAGGCCUUUAAGAAGCAGUCCUUUAUCCUGAAGGAGGGAGUGGAGUACAGAAUAAAGAUCAGCUUCAAAGUGAACAAGGAGAUUGUUUCGGGACUCAAGUAUGUCCAGCAGACCCACAGGAAAGGAGUGAGAAUUGACAAGUCAGACUACAUGGUGGGGAGCUAUGGGCCGAGGCCGAACGAGUACGACUUCCUGACCCCGCUGGAGGAGGCUCCUAAAGGCAUGCUGGCCCGCGGCACCUACAACAUCAAGUCCAAGUUCACCGACGACGAUAAGCACGACCACCUGUCCUGGGAGUGGAACCUCAACAUCAAGAAAGACUGGAAAGACUAAGAAAGAGGCCUUCAAAACCAAACCCCACAACCAUGUCCCCAUUUCUCCAUGAGUUUAUUUUCUUCUACUUCAUUCCAUCCUCAUGUCUUCAAUCUUCAUUCCGACCCUUCCAUCCCUCUCUCGUCUCUCCCACGUUUCUCCCCAUUUAUCCAUCUGCAUUAGUAGCAGCAGCAAAAGCAACGGCCCCCUCUGUCCGUCCAUCCCCCCUCUGCUUUCAUUGGUUGCACAAAGUCCACCAUCAUUGAUUCACUGUCCGCAACCUGCCAUCCAUGCAACCUUAAAGGCCCAGUGCAGUCAGAAAUGAGAUUUUGCUGUGUUUUGUAUAUACAUAUAUCCACACUGAGUUUGGAAUAAUAUUGUUAAAAUAUGAUUAUGCCCUUUCAGUGUUGGAGCUGUUUGAAAAGACUGCCUUGGUGGGAUGGAGUUUUGGCCCCCUGGUGACUUCACCAGUCGUUAAAUUAGUUAAUAGACCAAUAAAGAAUAGUUCCAAACCUCUGCCAAUAACAGCUAGUUUUCUCUUCCCCACUGAGGCCACUCCCAGACAGUCCUAGCCAAAUUCUUGCUUGAGAAAUUGCUCUUUGCUAAGAAGCUAUUUUAGUUUAUUUUUGACCAUUGUUUUCAAAUAAAAUCACAGUAAGGUACUUAAUUGUUACCCAGAAAUGAAUAGAUAUAUAAAAACAGCUCCAUUGGACCUUUAAGUCUCAUAGCUGUACUGUGCAAGAUCUAUCCUCCAACCCCACCCCUCAUGGUUUGUCCUGCUUGAAGAGAUUAAACCACCCUUUGCUCCCUAAAUGGUCUUCCUGUCAGUAAGAAGUACAUGUGGAUAAGCAAGUGUGCAAUCAACUUUUCAUUUUGCCUUUUUUUUUAUAUAUAUAAUUGUAUGAAUACUAGUAUACUGUGUUCAUGUCACUGUUGAUAAUCAGCUUUUAUGGUCAUUCCUUCCCCGCCAUCUUUUUCUGCCCCCUUUUUAAAAAUAUUUUACCAAGACCUGCCUUGUUAAAGAUAUUCUCCUGAACUUUUGUAUUCUUUUUUGCCAGUAGUUCUGAAAGUAGCACCCACGAGCCAAAAGUUGCAUGUGUCACAAAUGUGCAGAUAUGUGCACCACGUCAUUGCUCUCUCUCUCUCGCUCUACUGUGUGUGUCUUGCUAGCUGUCACUGGUGAGGGGCUGAAGCUCAUUGGCUGAAACUUGAAUUACUAAGGGGCUUGCCCAAGUGGGGGUAAAUAUAGGGGAAAAAGUUCUGGAGCAUGUCUUUUAAACCUAGUAAAUUAAUAAUGAGCUGCUUUACUUCAGCUCCUCCCACCCCCCUUAAAUGUAUUAACCCUUUCCUCUUGCAUGGGGAUUGGGGCCAAGUUAACCUAAUGUAGCAGGUGUAACAAUUUUUUAUUUUUAUUUUUUUAAACACCUGACACUAGAUCCCCUACAUAAGGGGUAUUCAACUCUUACCCUUACCGUUGUAUGUGGAGGAGGUGUUAAGGUGGCAUGUCGCCUUUGUUAACAUCCAUUUCCCCUGAAAACAGGAACUUCCAGUUGUUGGGGACUCGGCAGAGGCUAGGGCCAAGGAAGUGAAAGAUAUUAUAACAUUGGAUAAAAAAAGGGCGUAAGCCCCAGUGCUGCCUUAUACCGAAAUAUCAAAAUAAUCACUUUAACUCACCAAUAAUCAGUUUACUGCUCUUGCGCAGUUAUCAUGGUGGUGCACUAACAGAUGGUGCAUGACUUGGGCUGUAUGUUGUGUAUUUCAUGUGGUGCUUGCCAUCAGGUAGACUCACUCAAGGGCAUAUUGUACUAUCAACUGUUCACCAUCUUAAUCUCUUUGCUAGUUGUGAUUCUCCCUGUAGAGUUUACACCCAUGCUGCUCCCGGCCUGUUUUGUCUAAACUCAACCUCCGCUAGUAAACAUGGUAGUUAGAAUGAGAAUAGAAUACACCACCUAGAAUUUACCGAUGUGUUUUUUUUUCCUUGCCCACCCCAGCAGGCCACGUCAUCAUUAUUGAUAACACACUUGUGUUCCUUAGCCAUGAGGCCUUAUCGUCCACUUUGGUCGCGUGAAAAAGAAAGACCAUGAUUUUUUUUUUUUUUUUGCCUUAAUGUCCAUCAAGUCCGAUUUCCCCCCCCCCCCUCACAUUUUGUUACGACCCUUAGAGCCUGCUGUCGGAGGUCAAAGGUGAUGACAAGUACCAGAGAAAGCACAGGAGUAGAGAAUGACUCACCGUCUGCUGCUGGAGACAUUGACGGUGUUUCAGCUCUCAUUAGGAACAGGAGCUGGUAGGGUUAAGAUAUACACCUCCACAGUCAGGCCCCAGCCUUUGCCCAAUGACAUAUUGAUGAAAAGAGACGUUGAUGGAAAAAUUGUAGAGUUUGCACAGAGUAGGAUGUGCUAGCAGAAAAUACGUGAUACUGUUUGAGUAUGUUAAGAGGGAGGGAUUUUGGAUCAGAAAGUGGAAUUGACAUGUACUGUACCCUAAGCAUAUGGAUGUAAAAGUGUUUCAGAUAUUGUGUAUGAUCUUAUGCGUUCCCAUACAUUCCUUCACACAUUGUACAGUUUCAAUGAAGAUGCUGGUGGGGUUGUAUAAAUAUUUGAUCAUUUGUGAUUGCUCUUCUUGGACAAUAAAGAUGUUGCUCAACUUGG